ACAGAUUAGAAAGGAGAAGGUUCCCAAUUCAAAACAAAUGUCAACGGACUCGUGGAGUGUGGACUGAUCGGUUGAAAAGUAAAACUUAACAUUUAAAAAUUUAAUUUUGUUUAUUUUGACAUGGAGCCCUCCGUGAAAAAGAGAACUCCAUCAGAACUGCGGAACAUUUGGAAUUCAAUGUUCAUCGAGGAAAUAUACACAUUGCACGAAGAUGAUGAAGUCCAAGGUGUUCUCAUGCUCGUAGAAGGGACACUACUUCGAAUGAAACAAUUUGCCGUCGAUUGUUCAAAGAUGAAAUCCUUGCACAAACAGGUGUCAGUAGAGUUGAAACAAAAAGAAGAAGAAUGUUCUAUUCUUAAAUGUAAACUUAAUAGGUUAAAAUCUCCAUGCAGAAAAUGUACCCUGUUCAAGCGUGAAUUGUUACGUGCAAAACAAAAACAAGCGGAAGCACAGAAGAGAAUGAAUUCGAUAGCUAAAAUAUUGAACCUUGGGGACAAUCUUGAUUCUCCAAACAUGGAAGGGAAAAAUUCAGCUAUGAAUUUACUUUCUCAAAUGCUGCUUGGGAACUCACCAAAAAGGAAAAAAAUAUGCCUUGAGGAAGAAGUUUUGGUCCAAGAAACUGCUGAUAUACUAACUGAAAAGGUAGAAAAGAAAGGAAAUGCAAUAAUCCCAGAAAGUAUCCCUCCUCCUAGCCCAUUAAAAUCAAUAGAUAAUUUCAAAAUACCUUCACCUAUGAAACUUGCAAGUGAAAGCCCUAGACAAAAAAAUUCGGAGAAAACUUGCAGCUCGUCGCUUCCUUUAAUGAAUACCCCUAAGAAAACUGCAAAGAAAAACCUCUCGCUCGAUUUUAUAUCUAAGAAUUCCGAUGAGGAGGACAUUAUAGACGAGUCUCCUAAAAAGCCUCUUUUGUUCCAAAUCACUCCUCCUGUUGUAACAAAUAUUGAGAUUGACUGUGUUGAAGAAACUCCGAAGGACAAGACUCAAUCUGUCGAUAAGAGGAUUAAUGAUGUGUCAACCAAUGAAAAAAUCAUUAGUGAGACACCAACGAAUAAAACAAAGGAGGCCAGAUGGUUGUUGAAAAAAAAGAGCGGGGUUAGCAAAGAAAUAAGCAGCCGUGGAAACCAACUUAAGCAAUUAAAAUUAGGAAUAAGUGUGAAAAAGGAGGUUUCUUGUAAAGAAUCAAAACAUGACGAUGAAGAAAUAAUAGAUAAAAGCCCUUGUUCUGCUCCUAGGAAGUUGGGUUUAUCUGAGAAAUCAAAAAAACAAGAUUUCGAUUCACUCGUGUUCAAUCCUUUGGCCUCUAGCACCCAAAAAGAGCGUUGUAAUACAAGCUUUGAUAGGCCUCCUAAUUGGGAAGAAUCAUCAAGCGUUGGUUAUGUGUAUCAACAGGGAGCUGUUCGUAAUAAAGCAGAGAGGAAACAGCUAAAAGGCUGGGAAUGUGAAGAAUGUGAAAAGUAUUAUAAAGCACUCGGGGAUCAGCUCAGCCCAGCAAAAAUUCAAGAAAGGAUUAAUGCAUGCUCAAGACACAGAAGUAAAUUCAAUCCAAAUAUUCAUCAAACACCACCAGAAUUUUGGAACCCUUUGUUUCCUGAUACUGAAUCAUUAAGAGCACAAGGACUACGUCUUUCCAUCCGAGCGCCAAAAUCCAAUUGAUACCAUCUACUGUUUUGUAAAUAAUAUAUUUGUUAAUAAUUCAAAAAAUAGUGUGUAUCAUUGUAUUAAUUAGUCAAAUGGAUUAUUUUGUUUUACAAUACUAGAUUGGUUUUAAAUAUAACAAAAAAAUGCUGAUAUAUCAAGCAAUUUUGCCUUCAUGGGGAACUAUUGCUAAAAAAAUUUGACUGUUGAUCUCAUGCGCAAUAAUAUAAUGAAUUGUUUAUAAUUAAUUG